AUGCCAGCUGCAGCGGAGCCGAGGCGAUUUUUCUUAUCCGGAGACUGUCUUUUUUCCUUACGGCGAGCGACAGCAGGCAGAUCAAAGGGCUUGGGGGCAGACGAGGCAGCACCAUAUAGACCGCACACGACCGAACAGACAGAGACAGACGAGUUUUUUUCUCACAAGCGCCUGUCGUAUCCUAUUCUGAGAACCAUGCCCGAAUGCCCUUUGACAUCUGAGAUGAGGCUCUCUGGCUGUCCACUCGCACGGGGUACAGACAGCGAGUCUGGGGAAGCAGAACGAGAAUGGGGAGCUGCUGCUUCUAGCAACAUCCAGGUGCCUCCAGGCCUCUCUACUGAGCGGGCUUCUUCUUCAAUCCCCUCGAAGGAGGGGCACUGGAAAUAUCCCUCUGAAAAGCAAUUCUACACGGCAACCCUAAGGAAGGGCCACGCAGUUGGGGCAGGGAGCAUGCCCGCAGUGGUAGCGAUACACAAUGCAGUGAAUGAGGAAACGUGGCGUCAGAUCAAAGAAUGGGAAGCGCUGCAUGGAGACACUUGCGCAGCCUCGAAGCUGAUCCGGUUCGUAGGGAGGCCGAGCGAGCUGAGCCUCAAGGCCAGGCUGAGGCACUGGGGAGGAUUUGAGCGGCCCUUUGAUAGGCAUGAUUGGCUUGUCGACAGAUGUGGGAAGAACAUAAGGUAUAUCAUUGACUAUUACGAUGGGAAAGGCGAAGGAGACAAGGUGUCGAUUUGUGUUGACGUUCGGCCCGACUUGUCUUCUUUCUGUAACGCGUGGGACAGAGUUCGGAUGUUUUUUUUAAGCAAACAAAAGUUGGAAUACCGAGUGCGCGACAAGGAAUGGACAAAGAAAAAGCGUGAUUUCACGCACAAAUACGGAGAAAAAUCGAUGAGAAGGAACAAAAAGGGCGGAGCGGAAAAGGCUAAAAGACAAAAUUGA